UCCGUCCUAUUCCGAUUGGCCAAACCUUCUCGCGGAUUGCGAUUGGUGGGUGCCGGGUCGUCGAAUUCCCAUUGAGAAAAAAAAGAGAGAGAGAGAGAGGCGUAAAUCAAGAAUGGAAUGCGCGCGGGGGAAGGGAGGACUUUCCCUUUUUGGAACGUUUCCCUUUUGAUCUCAUCGCGCCGGCGGCAGAAUAGAGAUUUGCACGUAUUUGGGGAAGGCAGAUAGGAUACCCCCACCCGUUCCACGCAGGGCUGACCCUACCCCUUAGAGGAGGUUCCCCCAGCGAUUGGCUUGCGAUCGGGAGGAGCUUGAGAUCCCUCCAAGCUCCGCCGCUCGCGAGAGCGAACCAAACCCGGGCGGGCCCCCAGUCGCUUUCCCCUCCGCUCGGUGCUCGCUCAGCUGCGCUCAUGGAGCUGCGAACAGUCCCGACCCUGCGCGCCGCCCUGGCGCUGGCCGCCUUGGUGAUGGGCGCCUCUGCGGGCAGCGACAGCAAGCGGGAAAGCGUGGAUCCCGGCAAGCUUCUGGUCCUGACUGCAGCCACGGAGAAAACAGAGGGCUACCGGCGCUUUCUACAAACCACCAAAUAUUUCAACUACACUGUCAAGACUUUAGGGCUCGGUGAAGAUUGGAAAGGAGGUGAUGUUGCCCGGACAGUCGGUGGAGGUCAGAAGGUCCGAUGGCUGAAGGCUGAAAUGAAGAAAUACGCAAACGAAGAGGACCUUAUUGUCAUGUUUGUGGACAGCUAUGAUGUGAUCCUGGCCGGAAGUCCGAUUGAACUUCUUUGGAAGUUCCUGCAGUUUAAGAGCAACCUGGUCUUCUCAGCAGAAAUUUUCUGCUGGCCGGAGUGGUCCCUGGCUGAAAAAUAUCCCCCGGUCACUUUUGGAAAGCGCUUCUUAAAUUCUGGAGGAUUCAUUGGCUAUGCUCCGGUGAUCAACCGGAUUGUCCAGCUGUGGAAGUACAAGGAUGAUGAUGAUGACCAGCUGUUUUACACACGCAUUUACUUGGAUCCUGCCUUGCGUGAAAAAUACGGAAUCACCUUGGAUCACACGUCCAAAAUCUUCCAGAAUCUGAAUGGGGCCAUUGAGGAGGUUGUGCUGAAAUUUGAGCAGACCCGCGUGCGAGCCCGAAAUGUUGCAUAUGAUACCCUUCCUGUGGUUAUCCAUGGCAACGGACCCACCAAGUUACAGCUGAAUUACUUGGGGAAUUACAUCCCCAAUGCCUGGACAUACGAGGGAGGCUGCGAAGUAUGCGAUGAUAACCUCCUGGAUCUGUCAGACGUGCCAGAAGAGUCAUAUCCACGUGUUCUGCUGGGUGUCUUUAUUGAAAAGCCAGUACCGUUCUUGCCUCAGUUUCUUCAGCGUCUUCUGACUUUGGAUUACCCUUAUUCUCACCUCAGCCUCUUCAUUCACAACCACGAGGUGUACCAUGAGCCCCACAUCCAAGCUGAAUGGGAUCAACUUCGCAAGGCCUUUCACCCCAUCAAACUAAUCGGGCCGGAAGAGGAUCUGAGCGAGGGUGAAGCCCGAGAUAUGGCUAUGGAUCUGUGCCGACAGGAUUCCACCUGCGACUAUUACUUCAGCCUCGAUGCUGAUGUGGUGGUGACAAAUCCCGAAAUCCUGCAGAUACUUGUGCAGGAGAACAAGAACGUGAUUGCUCCCAUGAUGUCUCGGUAUGCCAAGCUUUGGUCCAACUUUUGGGGUGCCCUUAGCCCCGAUGAAUAUUACGCCCGCUCAGAGGACUAUGUGGAAUUGGUGCAAGGCAAGAGAAUUGGCGUGUGGAACGUCCCCUAUAUCUCUCAGGCCUACCUGUUGAAAGGGGAGAUCUUAAGGCAGGAUUUGCCCCAACGCAAUAUUUUCACCUUGGAGGACACGGAUCCAGAUAUGGCCUUUUGUAAAAGUGUGCGGGAGAAGGGCAUCUUUCUCCAUAUUAGUAAUCGAGAUGAUUUUGGACGUCUCCUUUCCACCAGUAGAUACAACAUCUCCCGCCUACAUCCUGAGCUCUGGCAGAUUUCUGAGAAUCCCCUGGACUGGCAGGAGAAAUAUAUCCACGAAAACUACUCCCGCGUUCUUGAGGGAGAAUUUUUUGAGCAGCCUUGCCCUGAUGUUUACUGGUUUCCUGUGUUCACCGAUCAGAUGUGCGACGAGCUCGUGGAAGAGGUGGAACACUUUGGCCAGUGGUCUGGAGGAAAACAUGAGGACACUCGGCUGGUUGGUGGCUACGAGAACGUCCCUACCGUUGACAUUCACAUGAACCAAAUUGGCUUUGAGAAGGAGUGGCUGCAGUUCUUGAGGGACUACAUUGCCCCGGUCACAGAAAAGUUCUAUCCAGGCUACCACACCAAGGCUCGCGCAAUCAUGAACUUCAUGGUCCGAUACCGUCCGGAUGAGCAGCCUUAUCUUCGCCCCCAUCACGAUUCUUCAACUUUCACCAUCAAUGUUGCUCUCAACCACAAAGGGAUAGAUUACAAGGGAGGCGGUUGCCGAUUUAUCCGCUAUGAUUGCAAAGUGGAAUCGCCCCGCAAGGGAUGGAGCCUUAUCCACCCGGGACGUCUCACCCACUAUCACGAAGGUCUGCCCACCAUUUGGGGCACUCGCUACAUCAUGGUUUCCUUUGUGGACCCCUAACGCUGGCAACCCCUGGCUCCCCCCUCCAGCCCAUGGAUCAUAGAGGGCACCAUGGCGAGAGAGGCGCAAAAAACAGGGGACUCUCUCUCUCUCUCUCUCCAGCUUCGUUGCCACUAAGUGCCUUCAAAAACAGAGAGACAACUGGUUUCCAAGUGCUGCUUGGCCCUUUAUCUUUGGUUACCACUAGCAUCAGGAGCCACUGUUGCCUUCCUUCCAUCAUCUCCCAUUGCCCCAAGAUUGGAGAAUCUGUUCCACUCUUGGGCCAGUUGUUACUUGAUCCGGGGUCUGCUCCAAGGCCUGUCCCCAAUUCUGAUGGCUCAGCCUUCAAAGAAUUCUUACUGUGCUAAAGAAGAUCAGCCUGGUUGGGCUAGGAUGGAUUGGAGCUUGUUGUUCAGUUAAGAUGCAUCUGAUUCUUCGCAACCUCAUGGACUAUAGCAGGCCAGGCCCACCUCUAUUCCACUGUCUCCUGGGAGUUUGUCCAAAUUCAUGUUCGCUGCGUUGAUGACCCUAUCUAACCGUCUCGUUCUCUGCAGUCCCCUUCUCCCUUUGCUUUCCCAAAUAUCAGGGUCUUUUCCAUGGA